AAGCUCUAAAAGCAAAGAAACAAAUUCUAAGGCUUCUACUUCCCGAGGCGUCCCGAUACCUGCGCCUUCUCCACCUCUACAUUUUCACGGUCGUCCGAGAUCACCCGGCCCAGACAAAGACACCUCUACUAAAGACCAAACAAGCAGAGGCAGAUCCUCUCAUCAUCCAAACUCACGCAAACGAUCCCAUUCGCAUCUCGCCGGUCGUGAAUCUCGAAGUCGAAGUCAUUCGCCUUCCUUUUCUGGGCAUGUUCAGCCGUCGUUAUUACAGCAGCAGCGGGCAGCUCAUACACUAUCAGGAGGAUACACAUCCAUAUCAAACCCACACACUAAUUCUAAUCCCAAUUUUGACUUGUUCGGUAUAGCCUCUAUAGGUGCCCGAGCUGGUGCAUCAUCUUCAUCUCCAUCUUCUCCUCCUCCAUCGCAUAUGGAAUUCGGUGGUCGAAACUCUCUUGCUUUCAAUGCUCUAGGUGGUCUCAGUAACAUGCGAGAUAUUCGGGACCUAGGGUUUAACGGUCAUAGUUUACGCGACUUACAUGGUAUCAGUGACCUCCGCGAGUUACGUGGACUUGGUAUGGGUAACCUCAACUUUGAUAGUAUUCGAGACUCGCGUACUUUCAAUGGUGUUAAUGACUUCAAUGGUUUUAAUGCAUUCGGAGGCGGAGGAGGUUCUAUUGACCUUACCACCUUGCGUGGCAUGAACCGCGUGGAUGCCAUUAACGCUUUACGCAGUCUCGGAGUCGACUUGGGUGUCGAAGGCAAUCGUGACAUGCGCGACCCGCGCGAUCCCCGAAACUUUGACCCACGAUCUCCCGACCUCGACAACCCCAACAUGAAUCCUAACAUGAACCCAAGCUUAAAUCCCGCUAUCAGCACACGGAUGAUGUACCAACAGAUGAUGCUCCAUCAACAGCACCAGCAGCAGCUUAUCCAGAGACGAGAGCGGCUGGCUGCGUUGCAAGCUGCGCACGCUCAUGGCGAGCCCCUUUCGCCUCAUAUCCACCAUCCUUCCCACCCAACCCAUUCACACAACUCGAUUCAUCGACACUCUCGUUCUUCGCUUCCACGGGAUCCAAGAGACCUACCAAUUUCCAGCGAUGCUUUUAGUUCAAGAGACCAUGAUCGCCAUGACAUGAGGAGACGAAGCUCGUCUAGUACAGCUGUCGGUCUUGCGGGUCGUCCAAUAACAGAAGGAUUGGAAAAGGACAAAGAAAAGGAAAAGGCCAAGGAUGACAAGGAUAAAGACAAGAACAAAAGUAAGGACAGCGAUAUAGGCGACCUCGUAGCGUUUUUAGACGCUGUAGAGAAUCCCCCUUCUGGGUCGCGUGCGCAAGAUACACCUGGUCUGCUUCGUCGAUCCAGUUCUCAGUCUGGUUCGACUCUGGAAUGGCCUACGACGACUGCAAGAGAAGGUAGUGGUCCCUCUACAUCUCUGAAUCCAGUCUCAGCUCCGAAUCCAGAUUCCACGUCUUCUUCAUCCGCCUUUGUCUCGGAACUGAACCUCCCUUCAGGCCUAUCGAAUUCCGACACGACAUGGCUAGAUUUUCUAUCGAGUGCACCUGCGCCUGGUAAUGCUCUCGGUGGUCUCGGUGUCCCUUCCACUUCUGAUCCCUCAUCCUGGAGUCGAGGACCUAACAGCGGGUUUGGGUCGCACAUCGCACAUCAUUCACCUCUUGGUAUGAAUUUGAACUUUCGGGGUACAGAUCCCUUUGGUGUCGGUAACACUGCGGCAUUCGAUAGACAGAUGCUUGCGGAUGUUUUCAGUAACCUUAACGGAACCGACAACAGUGCCGAACCCGGUUCUGGGUCUCUUUCUCGGUCUGCUUCCGGUGCUGGUCCCGGCGGAAGCGAUCGUACUGUGGAGACGUCGUUCGGAGGCGUCGGCUCCUUGGCUGGGAUGCACGCUAUCCCCACUGUUCCAAACAUACCCAAUAUGUCUUCAAUCUCAAUCCCGAUGGAUCUAAGUCUAGAUAUGGAUAUGGACGGCAUGGGUUUUGGUAGGGAACCUGCUGUUGGCGGGGGAAUGGGUAUGGACAGAAAUAUCGACAAGGAUGAGUUCAACGACGCAAAAACGGCAGAGACAUUGCCUACCAUGAAAAAACGACGAUUGGACAAGGAAAAGGAUAAAGGGAAGGAGAGAGAGAAAGUGGUAGUGAUACCGGACUCCCCUGCGUCAUUGACUGAUGGACAAGGUGGGAACGGCGAUGGAGGAGAAGGUAAUGAAGAAAAAAGCGGAAAGAGUCAGAGGCUGAAGAAACUGAAGAAAUCGAAGACAGUAAAGUCGAAAUUCGGCUCUGAGCAGGAUCGGUCGUCGAAAACAGGGGUUGUGUCUGAACGAGAGGAACGCGAGAAGGACAAAGACUUGAAGGAGCGAUCGGGAUCCAAAAUAAAAUUGUCAAAACCCGAACUAGAACGACGUGAGAAGGACGGUGGGUUGGUGCAAGAAGGAAAGAGCUAAGCCCAGAUGUCUCGUUUGCAGUUUUACUUUGAUUAUCAUUUUCUGUCAAGGGCACAACUGUAAUUUAUGUUUUAUUCGGUCAUCUUGAUUAUGUCUGUUGGAUAUUUCUUUUGUUUGGAUGGUGUUGGCUUAAAACUUUUCCUUAUUC